AUGUGUUUGUUGGUGGUAAAGGAUGGGUUUUUACCACAAGAGGUGUGGCAGCAGAUAGAAAAGCUGCACCAUUUAACUGGAAAACACACAGACGAGUUCAUAGUUGUGGUGCCAUUAAGAUGUAAACAUGAAGAAUACCCAUUCAAGUUCUACACCGUGGAGGAUUUAUUCAAGACACUGAGAAAACUGGCUGAAGUCAGAGAGCUCAUUCCAACCAAAAAAAGGUCUUCUGCGCAAACCCACACUCAAAACAGGAAGAUUGGAAAUCACUCUGUCACCAAAGUGAAUCUUGUUCUGCUGGGAAUGUCCGGGACUGGAAAGAGUGCGACUGGAAACACAAUCCUUGGAAAGAGGACCCCACAGUUCUUCUCAGAAGCCAGUUCAAAGCCGAUCACCAGAGAGUGUCAGGCAGCAGAAACUGAGAUAAACGGUACACGUGUGCGUGUCAUUGAUACUCCAGACAUGUUUGAUGAUGAAAUCAAAUCAUCAGAUAAGAACCGUCAUGUGACAAUGUGUAAACAGCUCUGUCAGUCAGAUCCUUGUGUUUACUUACUUGUGAUGCAUGUUAGCAGAUUCACAGAUGGUGAGAGAGACAUACUGAGAAAGGUUGAAGAAGCUUUUGGUCGCAGAGCUAAAGAACAAACAAUCAUCCUGUUUACUCGUGGAGAAGAGUUGCAGCGUGCAGGAAUGAGCUUUGAGGCUUUUUUGCAAGAAUGCCAGCCUGAACUCAAUAAUAUAGUUAAACAGUGUGGUGGAAGGUGUGUUCUUUUUGAGAACAAAACCUCACGUCAGCAUCAACAAGUAACAGAGCUAAUGCAGACAGUGAACAGGAUGUUAAAUAAAUAG